GAUGCUCCACCACAUGAUCGCAUCACUGUUGGCAACACCAGCCUCGCAUCAGCACAGCAGACUCACUCACACACUGACCGGCACGAUGGAUGGGCAACAGAAAGACCGCAGACAGACUCACUUGUGGAUAUUGACGUUACUGAUAUUUGUCUAACCUCUUGCACUGGAUAACUCGGUCUUUCACAACUUCUCCCUCUGGAUACGGAUCGUGGAGCUGGAUCUUGUCCCACAGGCUUCGGAAGACGGAUUAUAUUUAUUCAGAUCACUUUGUCUCACUCCGCUUUCACCACUUGGAAUAGGAGCGUUUUUUUUCCCUCCAGAGGACAAACUGAUUUUAAGGAUACGCACAAAAAACUAAAGGAUGGCCCUUUGGUUCAACUCUAUCCUCGCAAUAGUUAUGACAUUAUUCACUCAGGUUCUGGGAUCAGGUGUAUUCGAGGUAGAGCUCCAUCACUUUCAGAAUACUAAAGGUUUGCUGGCAAAUGGACUCAGUUGCAGCGCGUCUGGCUGCAGAACUUAUUUCAGGAUUUGUUUGAAGAACUUCCAGACGGUGGUGACCCCUGGGAAGUGUUUAUUUGGCAAAGUCACCACACCUGUUCUGGGCACAAACUCGUUCAGCAUGCGGCAGGACGCCAGGCUGCGUCUGCCGCUCAACUUCACCUGGCCGGGUGCUUUCUCCUUAGUUAUUGAAGCUUGGUAUUCUCCAACAGAAGAGCGACCUGGAGACUCCACCAACCCCGAAUUCUUGAUUGACUCUUUUUCCAUCACAAAAAAAUUGGGAAUAGGGACAGAGUGGUCCCAGGAAGCAAAGAGCGGGACGCAGACGGAGCUAAGGUACUCAUACCGCUUCAUCUGCAACGACAAUUACUAUGGGGACACUUGUUCCAAAAUAUGCGCACCGAGAGACGACCAUUUCGGGCACUACACCUGCAAGCCUGACGGGCAAAUACUCUGUCUACCAGGAUGGAAGGGAGAAUACUGCCAAGAACCUGUCUGUCUUGAAGGGUGCAAUGAAAAAAAUGGAAACUGCUCAUUACCUGGAGAGUGCAAAUGCAGAGAGGGUUGGCAGGGCCUCUUUUGUGAUGUGUGCAAACUCCAUCCAUCCUGCAAACAUGGUACCUGUAAAGAGCCCUGGCAAUGCACCUGCAAAGAGGGCUGGGGAGGCAUCUUUUGUGAUCAAGAUCUGAACUACUGUACCCACCACAAACCCUGUGCCAACGGGGCCACGUGCCUGAACACGGGCCAGGGCAGCUACACCUGCACCUGCCUGCCAGGCUUCACUGGGGUCAACUGUGACUUGGAGGUCAGGGAGUGUGACAGCCAGCCCUGUCGUAAUGGAGGCCACUGCAUGGAAUCUGAGAAUGGCUACAGGUGUGUUUGCAUACAAGGGUUUGAAGGGAACCACUGUGAACACAAGAUGCUGACCUGCGCAGAUAAACCCUGCUUUCAUGAUGGCAAGUGCAAAGAGAGGGAUAACGGACAUAGCUACUUUUGCGAGUGUCCUGCAGGAUAUACUGGACUUAACUGUGAGAAGAAAGUGGAUAAGUGUACCUCACUGCAAUGUGCAAAUGGUGGACAUUGUGUGACCCACGGUAACCUCCAUCUGUGCAGCUGCCGCUCUGGCUUCACAGGUCUGCGCUGCGAGAUCAACAUUAACGAGUGUGCCAGGAACCCAUGUGCAAACGGCUCCACCUGCAUAGACCGCAUCAACGACUACACCUGCACCUGCCCUCCAGGGUUCACAGGCCGCCACUGUGACAAGCCAACAGACCGCUGUGCCUCCACGCUCUGCCUCAAUGGUGGGACAUGCAUCGCUACAGCAAAAGGCCCACCCUCCUGCCUGUGCCCCGCUCCUUACAGCGGCCCCCAGUGCCAGUCCAACAACGUGCCUUUACCAAACACCCCCAGUCCCAACAUGGGCGGAGAGUCCAAUGAUAAGUUGAGUCUGGCAGCCAUCAUUUUGGGAGUGCUUCUGGUGGCUGUUUUGGUGCUGUUUUGCAUGAUGGUGAUGGUUAUACGUCACGUGAAGAAGCAGAGGCAAACAGAGCGGGACUCAGAGACAAUGAACAACCUCUCAAAGAGUGACUUUCAGAAAGAAAACCUCAUCUCUACUUUAGAGCUCAAGAACAACAACAAAAAGGUUGAUUUGGAGGUGGAUUGUCCUAUGGAGAAGAUGAAUCACAAACACAUAAACCACUAUCAUUUAGACUGUAAAUCCACAAUGGGGUACAAGGACGAAAUGUCCUUUUUGGACAAAGAUGACAACUGUGAAAAGAUGUUAGAAGAAAAAAGGCAUUUGGGUAAAAUGUACAGUGAACAGCCUGAGUGCAGAAUAUCAACAAUAUGUUCUCCCAGAGAUUCAAUGUACCAGUCUGUCUACCUACUAGAGGAGAAAAAUGAAUGCAUAAUUGCAACAGAGGUAUAAUAAAUGGAGGAUAUUAUUCACUGUCUGUCUAGAUUUUUUGUGGACUGUUUACAAGCGUGGAGAGAGUGGGAUUUAUUUAAAUGCAAGUUGCUGCUCUUGAAAACUUGAUAACUGGAUGGAGCCGGUGUGCUCUUGGACUCUGAACAGAACUAAAGCUACUAAACUUUGAGAGAAUGUAAAGAAUGAAAAGACUGCGGAAAAUAAUGACUGAAUCUGACUUGUGGACACCUUCAAUGAUGUCAAAUCCCUGUCUGCUCCGUGCAUGUUCAUCCAAGGGCUUCAGGCUGGGAUGUUUUUGCCUGUGUUGAUUAAAAGAGGGCUAUGUUGAUGAACUCCUCUCCUCUUUUACCACAGUAAUCAGCAAUCAACAAUCAACAAAUCUGCCAACUGGCACGGAGGAGGGACCAGACUUUUACAUUUUCUGUGGCCUGCAAUGCAUCAUGCAAAGAAAAAUCAGCAUUGUGCUCAAUCAAAAAGGGAGAAGACUACUGAAAACGGUUCAUUUUUGAGGAAAUGUAGGGUUAUUACUUUUGUAAAUCCUCUUUUAUAAAGAAUGUAUGCAGCCUAAAAAGCCUUAUAUUCAUGUUUAACAAAAGCCUUGUGCCCUGCCUUAUCCUGAUUCCUUUGCACAGCAAAAUGAUAAAAGAUCAAAUGAUGCAAUAUGCCUCAGCUCCAUGCAGGGAAUCGUACAAUAAGGCUUUGUUUUAUUAUGCAAAAUCAACUUUCGAUAAAGACAAAGAAAAACAUGAAGUGACUAUUGUACCAAGGACGCCUUCAAAGGAAAUUACUGAACCAAUAAUGUUAUUUUGUAAGAUUAGUCUUUCAUUAUUAAUUUAAGAAUAUGAAGCACUGAUCCUUCUAUGUUUUAUAAAAUUAUUUUGUAUAUACUGUAUAUUUAUAUGUUGAGAUUAGAAGUAUGAAUCUGUUAUUAAGUUGACGCCCAGGAAAGGUGAAAUUAUUUUGAAAAGUGUCUGUGUUUUAUUAUUUUUUGUCAUAAAAAGAAACAAUGAAUACAUAUCUGGUACACUGUUUGUUUGUUGGUCUUCAGUACAUUUGUACAUGUGUUUGACCCUAAUUUAAAUGUUGGAAUCAUCUAGAAACUUUAUAUGUGGAGGUUGCUUCAUUAUCUGUAGAUACAUGCAGGCAUUUUGAAUGAUUCCAUGUCUAUGUCCAUGACGUCUGUGCCGGUGUGAAGUGAAAUCAAUGUGCUAGCAACCAUUCAGUGGACAGUGUUGUAAUUGGCCAUAAUGUAAGGACAGCAAAAAAGAUAUAUUUAAAAUA